UGUGGAGAAAUGGCCAACCUGCUGUCUAACAUUAUUCUUCAGAUGUUGAUUGGUUUCUUCAUACCGUGUCUCUUUGAAAUUGCUUCUACUGAUCAUGUAUCUGUUCAUCCUGGAGAGAACAUCACCCUGCUCUGUAACAUCACUGAUUAUAGUGAGAUAUUGUGGUAUCAACUGAGAGCUGACGAGGUGAAGCUGCUGAUAUCUGCUGAAAAAGGGAGGGUGAAGAAAAAAUAUUUGCUCAGUUAUAAUGUAGAUAACAGGUCCUUUGAUGUAACACAAAGCAGCAGUUCAAUCAGUUUAGUGAUUAUUGGAGUUCGAGAGACGGAUCUGGGGUUUUAUUACUGUGGAGGACGAAACAAAAUGAAACACAUUCAGUUUGGGAAACCCAUCAGACUGAACUUUCCAGACGAUCAACAUCUGGAUUCUCAACAUCCAGACACACAGAAGUCUGCAUCUCCUGCAUUCUAUGGAAUAAUUAUUACCAUAAUCUUACCAUGUGUGUGUGCUGUCUCUGUUUCCCUGAUCAUCAUCUGCUCCUGUCUGCACUGUUCCAGACUACAAGACAUUUGUGUUUCUACCUGCUGCUCAAAUCAGAAGGAUGUGGACGUGCACAUGUCUGAUUUUACCAGUGUGGCCUACACAGUGUUUCCUGAUGGCUUACAACCAAAUGUUGGCAUGACAAUUAGCAAAAAAAAAAAUGGGGUGAGCUACCAUAAAGAGCUACAUGAUGGUCUGGUAAUUGACCUACCCUGACCUCUUGCCCAUUUACUGUCUAUCAUUUUGGCUUCUGAUUUGGAUUUGCUUGCAUGUAAAUAAAUAUAUGAAAUAUUA